AUGAGCUCGGAUGAUCGACCUUCGGAUGUUCCAACAGCAACGAGUCUUGCUGAUGCAGAGCAGGAGCUUGGGGCACCGCAACGAAUGGCCAAGGACGUCGGGAAUUUGGAGCAGUUAACCAUCAAGCUGAUUGAGAGUGUGAAAAAUAGCUUGACCCCGCAAGGCAAAAGGUCCAGCUCUGGAUAUGAAAUUCAUUCACUAGUGCGGGAAGUUAUCAGUCAGCACAAGUCCAUCACCGACAGAGUGAGUGAUGUUGAAGAACAUCAAGCUAGACAGAAGUUUGUAAGGGAGAAGAUCGAAGAAGUGCAUGAAGUCGAAGAUAGAAUCGACUGGUUAAUUCAGGACUUGCGAGCAAUCGAAGGCGAUUUGUCUUUCUUGGUUCACAGAGCAAAAAAGUCCAUCGAGCUAUGCAAAGGUCGACCUCCUGUCGCAGUGGAUGAUUUAAUUGCCUACUCGAAUCACUGUAGUUUCACAACAAAUGCGGGCAUCAGAGAUUUUGACAGAUUCAACAAGCCGAUACAACCGCCUGAUGUCCGAGACCCGAGAUUCAUGCUGCCGUACCCUCCCGCACAUGCCAUGCGAUUGCAGGCGAGUCGAACUGCUGAAAGUCAGUCAGUCGUCUUGUUGAUCGUGUUGGUCCAGGGGGGGCUGUUCUCCUACGCGUCAACUCGCAAGCCGCAAGUAGAGGAGGACGGGCUCAAGUCGGAUCAAGAGCACAAGGGCCCGUCUGAGAUGCAAGUAGAUUCAGCUACCAGCGUCGGGGAGGACAAAGACAAUCUUAAGAACCAGCAGGCAUCUGACAGUGACGGCUUUGAGGAGGACAACAACGCUGCGGUUGAGAAUCCCGUCGCCACCUUUGAAGAGUCGGAACCUCCACUGAAGAAGGCAAGGCUGGAUCCGCUGGCGGAAGGCAAUGUGUUCGAUGGCGCAGCAGAGAGAGAUCUCAGUGUUGACGGCUCUCUUGAGAACGUUGCAACCAAUCAGAACCUGUUUGAGAGGCUGAGUAACAGUCUUCUUGGCAGCGGAAGCAGCGAAGACGAGAGCGGAGAAGAGAUGGAGUUCGAGAUGGACCUCAAUCCCACUGGCUUGCCAGGAUCUACAACGAAGGACGAAGCUGCAGAUGUGUCAGCAGGAAGAGCGAGUGGAGAAGGAUCUUCUGCGCAGACCCCGCCAUUGAAGCAAAGCGACGUGAAGACAGAGGAGGAGUCUAGCAGCGACGAUUUUGAUGACCUGGACAACUACUGA